CCCACCCGAAGACCGUGCCCGGACGGUCUUCUCCCCGCCAGGACCCUCAAUCGGGGUCCCGGGUGGAGGCACCGGUGAGCAUCUCAUAUGCAUCUUGUAGUCAACCUGCAGCUGGUGAGGGGAAUGAAUGACGGGUACACUACGUGACGCGAUUCUUUUGUUUAUUUUUUGUGUAGGUACAUAUAGCUCAUAGCUCCCACUGUUUACUCUGUUCAAUUGCACAUUGGCCUGUUGUGUUGGAGCUAUUCGUUGCAAAUUACCGACAAAAUGCCCUCCUUUGACGAAAAGAAAGCGUAUGUUGAGCAAGAAGAAACUUUCUUCGACGAUGGGCGUGAGAUUGAGCUUCUGCAUUAUAUCUAUGGUCGGUCAGACAUUGAUGAGCUGCGUGGUUCGCCGGAGCGUGUUCUUCAAGCCAUUGAUGAGUUUGGACGUACGAAGAAGUAUCUCAUGAACGUAGGUGAGGACAAGGGCAAGAUUGUAACAGACCUUAUCGCUGAAGUGAAGCCCAAAGUCAUGGUUGAACUCGGAGGCUAUGUUGGCUACUCAACCCUCCUCUUCGCCAACGCCGUCCGCAAAUCCGGAGGCACACAUUACUUCUCCCUCGAGCGCAACCCCGAAUUCGCCGCCGUCAUAACAUCCCUUCUCGACCUCUCCGGCCUCCGCGACAUCGCCCGCGUGAUCGUCGGUCCCAGCGACGCCGGCCUAACACGCCUACACGCCAAUGGCACAAUCUCCAAAAUCGACCUCAUGUUUCUCGACCACUACAAGCCCGCGUACACGAGCGAUCUUAAACUCUGUGAGAGACUGGGUCUUGUAGGGCCGGGUAGUGUCCUUGCGGCUGAUAACGUCAUCAAGCCUGGGAAUCCACCGUAUCUAGCGUAUGUGAGGAGUAGUGUUGCGGAGAAGAAGGCAGCGAAGGGGAGUGGUGUGGAGGGGUUUGCGGAUAGAACUGCGAAACAGUAUCUGAAGAGGGAGGGGGAGGAGAAGAUUAAUGAGGAGCAGGGGGAUCCGAAUUUGGUGUAUGAGAGUAAGUUGGUUCAUAGCUUUGAACCAACUGGUGUUCCUGAUGCUGUUGAGAUUACAAGAUGUACAGGCCGCGAAGAAUAAAUCUUCCGUCUCCACAGCAAUAAAACUGACUCUGUCGAUUCCCUCCAUUCCUCUUUUCCAUAUUGCUGAAGUUUGAUGUGACUGCCCCUCAACACCAAAAAAUCAUCACGACCCGCCCUCACAAGCGGCCUGGUCUCCACGGCACCUCAUCCAAUAAGAGCCACGCCCGGUUAGCUCAAUCGGUAGAGCGUGAGACUCUUACGAGUACGCGAUCUCAAGGUUGCGGGUUCGACC